CCGCUGGCGGCUGAGUAACGAAGAGGGUCGGCAGCGAUGGCGUUAUCUGGAGGACGAGUGAAGUCCUCCCAGUCUUACCUCAGGCUUGUACUGCUCAGGAGGCGGCACUGAACGGAAUGAAAUUCUAUUCUCGUCUCCAGGCCGAGGAUGGCCACUGGGCUGGGGACUACGGUGGGCCUCUCUUCUUGCUGCCAGGGCUCCUGAUUGCGUGCCACGUUGCCAAGAUCCCGCUGCCUGAAGAGAGCAGGAAGGAAAUGGUGCGCUACUUGCGUUCCGUGCAGCUCCCCGAUGGCGGAUGGGGCUUGCAUAUCGAGGACAAGUCCACGGUGUUUGGUACCGCCCUCAACUACACAGCCAUGCGGCUUCUGGGGGUCAGUCCUGACGACCCAGACGCCGUGCGGGCUCGGAACAACCUCCACAGCAAAGGUGGCGCUGUAGGAAUCCCCUCCUGGGGUAAAUUUUGGCUGGCUGUCUUGAAUGUCUAUAGCUGGGAGGGAAUGCAUACACUCCUCCCGGAGAUGUGGUUGUUUCCUUCCUGGAUGCCGGGCCAUCCUGCGUCUCUCUGGUGCCACUGCCGUCAGGUCUACCUGCCCAUGGCUUACUGCUAUGCCACGCGCCUGACCACGGCAGAGGAUGAACUUGUCCUGAGCCUCCGGCAGGAACUGUACGUACAAGACUAUUACAGCAUCGACUGGCCAGCGCAGAGAAAUAACGUGGCUGCGUGUGACAUUUAUACCCCGCACAGCUGGUUGCUAAACAUUGUCUAUGCAAUAUUCAACACCUACGAGAGUUUCCACAGCAAGACUCUGAGAAACCAAGCCGUAGAAGAACUCUACGACCACAUCAAGGCCGACGACCAGUUCACCAAGUGCAUCAGCAUUGGCCCUAUAUCAAAAACCAUUAACAUGCUCGCUCGCUGGUAUGCGGAGGGGGACCAGUCUCCUGCCUUUCGAGAGCACGUCUCCAGAAUCCCUGACUACCUCUGGCUGGGACUGGAUGGCUUGAAGAUGCAGGGCACCAAUGGAUCACAGAUUUGGGAUACAGCAUUUGCGGUCCAAGCCUUCUUGGAGGCUGGGGCUCACAAGAAGCCUGAAUUUGCCUCCUGUCUGCAACAUGCGCACACCUUCUUCAGAAUCACUCAGAUUCCAGAAAACCCACCUGAUUAUAAGAAGUACUACCGCCAAAUGAACAAGGGCGGAUUCCCCUUCAGCACCCGUGACUGUGGCUGGAUCGUGGCCGACUGUACGGCGGAAGGGCUGAAGUCUGUGAUGCUGCUUCAGAAGAAAUGCCUGUCCCUAAAGGAGCACAUCCCACCGGAGCGCCUCUUUGACGCCGUCAACGUGUUGCUGAACAUGCGAAAUGCUGACGGUGGCUUUGCUACUUAUGAAACGAAGCGCGGGGGCUGGCUGUUGGAACUGAGCUGGGGGGUUUGCAUCACCUACGGCACCUGGUUUGCUUUGGAGGCAUUUGCUUGUAUGCAGCACACCUAUCGGGACGGAGUGGUCUGCAAGGAAGUGUCCCGGGCUUGUGAGUUCUUGGUCUCCAAACAGAUGGAGGAUGGUGGUUGGGGAGAGGACUUUGAGUCCUGCGAACAGCGGCAGUACGUCCAGAGCGCCACAUCCCAGGUCCACAACACUUGCUGGGCUCUUCUGGGGCUCAUGGCUGUAAGGUAUCCAGAUGUGCAAGUCCUGGAAAGAGGGAUCAAAGUGUUAAUUGACAAGCAACUGCCCAGUGGAGACUGGCCUCAGGAGAACAUUUCCGGAGUAUUCAACAAGACCUGUGCUAUCAGCUACACUUCGUACCGAAACGUGUUCCCUAUUUGGACUCUUGGACGCUUUUCUCACCUGCAUCCUGACAGCCCCCUGGCUGGCAGGUGUUCGACUGAGCUGUUAGAAAACGAAGAGAUGGCAAAUGGGUACAGGCGUCCUGCCCACUCUACCUAAGCUGGCUGCUGAAGCAGGUCUUUCUUUGUAGAUUUCCCAACUGUAGGACUAUUGAGGAUGACUAGAAGGCUUUGCCUGGUUCUCAAAGAAUCAGUGAGGGUAGAGAGUUGACGGAGGGCACUGAAGGCUUCUCCAAAUGGCUUGUCCUCCCGAUGGUUCUCGCUGUGUUCUUUUUCCUGCUGUGAACUCCUGUGUAUUUAUAAACACGCACACAGUAAGAGGGAGCAGAAAUAGUGUGUACCUGUUCGGCGGCUAUGCAGCCUGUGAGUCAGCUUAUAAAGGUAACAUGUGGAGGUAAGUGGGGGGUUUUCUUGGGGCUCAGGACCACGUUGAUCCUGACCCCCGACUCUGGCUGGGUUCUGUGCACCUCACCUAUUGCUGAGCCUGACUCUGCUUUUGCCUUGUGUGGGGUGUCUAUGUGGGGUGACAGCAACACAGUCUGAUUUUUGAAGUA